AUGCAGGAUGUAAAGCUAUGGACAGGAAGAUUUGCUCCACGUUGUGGGAUUUGCGAAAAACCCAUUAUCCCUAAAGAAAACAGCAAAGAACGAGUGAAAAUCUUUGCGAUGGAUUCAAACUAUCAUCCUGAAUGUUUUAAGUGCGAAAAAUGCGGUGUACCCUUUUCUACUACGGUAGUCACAUCUCGUAUUGAUUUCGGUGGGGAACCUGGCUGUUUUCCAUUCAAUCAGCAUCUCUACUGCAAAUUGUGCAACUCACAAAAUUGCUUUAUAGGAGCAGACUCAUGCUCUUAGUA